UAGCUGAUUUAAAGCGUCAUCAGUGAGGCGUCAACACCCACAAGGCGUUUUUUUUCCCCCUCCCGGCUGGAUGAGACGCACCUGCUGAAGCAGCAAGCAGAAGGAGGAGCACAUUUGACUCAACCUCAGAGGCUUCAGAACCAAACGAAUCUACUUUUUAAACCUCGGCCAGACAGAACCGGAACCCUGGGUCCUCUCCGUGUUAGCAGCCCAGCAGAGCCGAUGGACCAACUUUCCAACCGGUCUGGAGUGGGCAGUGAUGAUAUCACGGAUGAAACGGGAUCCCUGCUGGACGUCCAGUUGAGCUCGGAUGAAGAUAGCUCCGAUGCUCUGGGUCCAUGUCUCGCUGUGCCUCAGUCUCCUCUGCCAAGCUACAAACAGAGGGUGGAGGAGUUUAAGAGGCUGUUCAAGGAGCUGCCUGACUCAGAAAUACUCAUUUUAGACUAUCCCUGUGCCCUCCACCGGGACAUCCUCCUUCAGGGACGCCUCUACCUCUCAGAGAACUGGAUCUGUUUCUACAGCUAUGUGUUUCGUGGCACAAAGAUUAUACUGUCGCUCAAAGAUAUAACCACAAUGUCCAGAGAGAAAACAGCUCGACUGAUCCCCAAUGCCAUCCAGAUCUGCACACGUACCGAGAAGUAUUUCUUCGCUUCCUUCUCUGCAAGAGAGAAAAGCUAUCUGAGUGUUUUCCGCAUAUGGCAGAACAGUUUGCUGGACAAGACUUUGACGUGCCCGGAGCUGUGGCAGAUGAUCAAACAGCACUAUGGCUAUGAUCUGGGCCUGAACAAUGAGGAGAUGGAGAAUUUACAGGUGUUAACAGAAUCAACUGGGCAGACCAGUCUGCAGCAGAAGUUCAUCAGUGCCGCUGAUGAAGGUCUCGGGAGACCAGAGCGGCCCAACAGCCUCCUUCUCCCAGUGGUGGAGCAUGUCCCGUUGCAGAGCUCCACACCUCAAGGAGAGGAGAUGCCUUCACCCAUGAGCUCACCAAGGACAACAAACACGGUUGAGUCUCAUAACUCCCCGUCCCUACACCGAAGUCCGACUCUUCCAUUGGCGCGUCAUCCCGCAGAAAGGCUCUCCAAGCGUUCCACUCAGUCCCUUGACCUCAACGCCAACGAGAACUUGUUGGAGCAAAGUGGCUCAGAAACCAGUGAAGAAGUGGAGGAUCGAAUUGAUAAAUCCGAGGAACCGGGGCGACUGUACCUCAACAAGGUUUUCCACAUGAGCGCAAGCAAAUUGUUUGAGCUGCUCUUCACAGACUCCAGCUUCACUCAAAGGUUUAUGGAAAUCCGCAGCAUAACGAAUCCGAGCUCUACUGCUUGGCAGAAGGACGACUCAGGAAAUGACAAGCGGGUUUUGAGCUACACUGUAGCCAUCAAUAACCCCCUGAUUGGGAAGUUCUCCACCGCCACAGAGAACCAGACUCUGUCCAAAGAAUCCAGGGAGGGUCAGUAUUACCAGGUGGAUGCCGUGGUGUACACUCAUGACGUCCCCUACCAUGAUCACUUCUACACACAGAACCGCUACUAUAUCAUACGAGUCUCCAAACGGAAGUGUCGACUAAGGGUGUACUCUGAUGUGAAGUACAGCAAACCAACAUUUGGUCUAAUCAAAACCUUCAUUACAAAAAACUCCUGGAGUGGCAUUGAAGAUUAUUUUAGACAACUGGAAGCUGAACUGCUGGAAGAGGAGUCGGAGAUGAACCAAGCAGUCGGCGAGUCUGGAAAAGCUGGGGUCCGCAGGAGGAGGCGAACGUUCAGCCGGACCCUACUGGAUCAUGGAAAGCCCGGCAAGCAGUCAGGACAGGAUCCUGAGCACAGAGAUGGAAACAUGGGCCCCAUGGAUACCACAGGCCUGCAGAGAUGGAGCACUACUGCAAUAGUUGUUAGCAUGAGUGUAAUUCUGCUGAUCCUGAUAGUACUCAAUCUGGGCUUGUUUUUCAAGCUGUGGGCCAUGGAGGACGUGGCUCACCGCAUGUACCUCACGACAAAGCAUCGGCUCAGGGAGCGGAUGGAAACCAGCUUUGGACCAAAGUAUGGUCCCAAGCCAUUGCCAGGGUUCAGGACCAAUGAGGACAUGCAGCUGCUAAAAACUGUCCUGCAGGACUCCAUUCUUCUCCUAGAACAACUCCGUACCUCUCUAGCUGUGCUCCAGCAGAAUUUUGCUAUGGCCAAUCAAACGGCAACUCAGCAGUGACCUCAUCCUCGUCCCAACUGCACUGAAAGAAGCUGCGUUCACAUCCGUGCUAAAAGAGCAACAGACUGCUGCUGCAGACUCCCUCAGAGGAGGCUUGGUAUCCACAGCUUUGUUGCUCCACUGGCGACUCCAGACAUGCCAUGCGUUGCCAAAGUUGCAAGCCAGCACCCCAGGAUGAUUUUUAUUUUUUCUAACUGAGCUGCUAUUGAGGGGAAAGAUUGUGCAAACUUCUUCAGGGUUUUGUUUUUUUUUUUUUGGUGGCAUAUUAUUCCUCCAUUUUACCCA